GGAAGCUCGGUCGGUGUUUCUCCAGAAGUUUCCCCCUUGGGCGGCGGCGGAGCUGGUAACCUCGGUAGGAGCAGUUCCAGCAGCGGUAACAGUGACUAUUAGAGAUGGCGGCGGCUGCUGCGGGACCUGCCGCAGCCCAGAGGUUUUUCCGGAGCUUCUCAGAUGCUCUGAUUGACGAGGACCCCCAGGCGGCGUUGGAGGAGCUGACUAAGGCUCUGGAGCAGAAACCAGAUGAUGCACAGUAUUACUGUCAAAGAGCUUAUUGUCACAUUCUUCUUGGGAAUUACCGUGAUGCUGUUGCUGAUGCAAAGAAAUCUCUUGAACUUAAUCCAGAUAGUUCCAUUGCUCUGCUGAGAAAGGGGAUAUGUGAAUACCAUGAAAAAAACUAUGCUGCUGCUCUAGAAGCUUUUACAGAAGGACAGAAAUUAGAUAGUGCAGAUGCUGAUUUCAUUGUCUGGAUUAAAAGGUGUCAAGAAGCUCAGAAUGGAUCACAGCCCGAGGUGUCUGCAUCCCAGAGGACUUAUCAGUCAAAAAUCAAGUAUGACUGGUAUCAAACAGAAUCUCAAGUAAUCAUUACACUUAUGAUCAAGAAUGUUCAGAAGAAUGAUGUAAAUGUGGGAUUUUCAGAAAAAGAGUUGUCCGCAUUGGUGAAACUUCCUUCUGGAGAGGAUUAUAAUUUGAAGCUGAGACUUCUUCAUCCUAUAAUACCAGAACAGAGCACAUUUAAAGUACUUUCAACAAAGAUUGAAAUUAAAAUGAAAAAGCCAGAGGCUGUGAGAUGGGAAAAGCUAGAGGGGCAAGGAGAUGUGCCUAACCCCAGACGGUUCAUAACAGAUGUAAAGAUGAUGUAUCCAUCAUCAUCUCAUUAUACAAGAAAUUGGGAUAAAUUGGUUGGUGAGAUUAAAGAAGAAGAAAAGAAUGAGAAGUUGGAGGGAGAUGCAGCUUUAAACAAAUUAUUUCAGCAGAUCUAUUCAGAUGGUUCUGAUGAAGUGAAACGUGCCAUGAACAAAUCAUUUAUGGAGUCUGGUGGUACAGUUUUGAGUACCAACUGGUCUGAUGUAGGUAAAAGGAAAGUUGAAAUCAAUCCUCCUGAUGAUAUGGAAUGGAAAAAAUACUAAAUAAAUUAAUUUACUAUCACUGUAUUGCAUAUAUUCAGCUAACGCCCAUUGUCUAUUAAUACUGCAUUCUUGAAUUUUGAACACUGAGUACAUCUUUUUAAAGGAUUAUACCUCUUUACCUCUUUGUGCUUUAGAAAUUAUUUUCCUUCAAGUGUUCUAAGAGUCUAAUGAAUGAAGGUCAUGUUUUAUCACUUUUGUCCUUAAGGACUUCAGAUAUGCUGAAAUGGAAUGAAGUAUCAUUUGCUACUAGAUAGAUUAAUUCUACCUAGUUGUGGGAGUGGAGAAAUUGUUAAUGGGAUAUCUUGGGUUAUUGCCUUAUUUUUGAUGCAAUAUUCUGUUAAUAAUUUAUUAGACGUGACAACUUUGGGUGAGCAUAGAUUUCUCAAUUUCAGUGUUAUAUUGUUUGCUUUUAAAAACUGCUAUUGAAUGGAGUUGUAAAUACAAUUUUUCUAUGAAGAA